AAAUACCUUGUUGUUUUCUCUUUUUAAUAAAUUCAAGUUGAUUAUUAGUUGGCGUACUUAUUUAAAAAAAAUAUUUUGGGUGGUUGAAUUGUGAUCACUGUGUGCUUUACUUAAAUUUAAUUCCUAAAAUUAAAGUUAACAAAAAAAGCAAUGUCGGUAAUAAAAAGGGAAUGGACUUACUGGCAAGAUUCAGAACGAUCGGAUAAAUUUGUAAAACUCUUGGAUUCAGGAUUAUUGUCCGACUGCAAGUUUAUUGUUGGACCCGAUGACGCAACGGCUGAAACAAUAAACGGUCAUAAAAUAAUGUUCGUUAUAGAAUCACCAGUAUUGGAACGAAUGCUAACUGGAGACUUUAUCGAAGCAGAAAAAGAUAAAGGAAUACGCAUAAAUGAUGUUGAUCCGCAUGAUUUCAAAAAUUUUUGCCAUAUGAUUUAUGAUAAUAAUUCAUCAAAUCUUAAAAAGUUUACUUUAGAAGAAAUAAUGGAAUUGUAUCGUAUAUGUGACAAAUAUAUGGUUCAAUCGAUUUGUGAAACUUGCAUAAGUUUUUUUAAAGAUACAAUAAAAGGUCUUCACUUAGAUCGAUUAAUAAUAAUGUUUGAAUUUGCCACUAGCCUGGAAGAUAAAAGUUUACAAACUGCUGUAGAGAAGGAAAUUUCUACUCAUAAGGAAACGUUAAUGGUUGACAAGCUCAAUGAAUUGCCCUUGAAAGUAUUUUAUGAUUAUGUUCUUUUUGUCAGCAAGUUAUCGGUACCACCAUCACCUUUAAUGAUCUUCAAGGCAAUUGAUUUAUAUUUUAAACGUAACCAUUUAAUAAGAAAAGAAGUUAAAACGACUAUAACAGAGACAAUUUCAGAAAAGAAAAUCCAAGAAAUCAUAACGGAAAAUAUGACAGACAAGGAAGGCAAAGGACCUUUAAUGAAAAAGGUUGAAACGGCGGACGCAAAAGAAAAAGAAGCUAUAAUGGAAUAUAUGGCAGACGGAGCUAACACUGAAAAUAAGGAAAUAAAUAAUAUACAGUCGUUUAAAAGUAUGGUUUUCGCGUUAGUAAAAUUUGAAGAAAUGACACCCUAUGAGUUUAUAACUGGACCAGGAGAAUCAGAUCUACUUGGUUUUCAAUAUAAAUACCAAAUGCUUUCGUAUUUGUGUACUACGAAAUUUGCUUUUACCAGAAAAAAUUACUAAUUAAGGAAAUGUUUGUAAAAGUUAAAAAUUUUAAUUCCUUUUUUUGUUCAUUUUUAUAGAAAAUGUAAAAUUUAUGAAAAAAUAAUUUUUUGGAAAAAAAUUUGAAUUUAAAAAAAUUUUUAAAAAU